AUUGUAGUUCCUUGCGGAAAUGAAAUGAGAACAGGUGAUGUCUUUUCAGGCUUAAGGAACUAUUUCACAAUACUUUUAGUGUCAUAUUUUAUAUUUGCAAUAAUGGAAACUUUCAUUAUAUUGACGACAAAUUGGAUUCUCCAACGCAGACCCAAUACUCAACACUGGAACUUAGUCUUAAACCUGCGGGCAUUUGCUGGAGUCUUAGGACUUCCGAUGCACCUGAGGAGAUAUGGAGCUAGCAUCUCCCUGCAGCAGAUCAUAAUGCUAAUGUGCAUUUGCGGCCUGGUCUUCACCUCCUUUUUCAAUGCCAAUCUCAGCACUCUGCUGACGAAGCACCCACAGAAUGCAGACAUUACAAACUUCGAUGAGCUCCGGGAUAGUGGACUAGAUGUUAUAUUCGAUAAUAUAUUUCUAUUGACUAUUAAAAAAAACUAUAAUUUGAGCGCUUUCAAAAAAAUAGUUCCAAAUGCCAAAUUCGUUCCAACUAAACAGUAUUUAUAUCAAAUUCUGUCCUUAAACUGUAGCUUUGCCUAUCAUGUGUACACACAUAUCUGGAAUGUUUUAGACAACUAUCAGAGGUCUCAUAAUGAAAUUAGGUUGUGUCGGCCCGAAGGAAUGAGCUUGAUUACCAACGCUGUUAUCAGAACGGUUCUCAAGAGAAACUCAAUAUAUAAGGAGACAUUUCGAGACUUUAUGCAUGAUUCCCAAAGAUUUGGAUAUUUCAAACAUUGGGAGGUUGAGGCUGGUUUGAAAAUGAUGUCAACUGUACAUUCUCGUUUACCAAAACCAUUGCCAAGACGCACUCCAGAGUUUAAGCCAAGUCCUUUAAAUUUCCAGGACUUUAAAUGGUUGUGGAAGUUGCUCGGAGUUUGCUACAUGGUUGCAGGCUUGGUUUUCAUUGCCGAAUUAUGUGUGGCCUAUUGGCAAAAGAAACAAGCUAGAAAGGAUGUCAUAAUAAGGGAAGUCGUAAUAUAAAAUUUGGAAUAUACCUUUAUAACUUAUAAAUUGUUCAA